GACAACGCUCCUGCCGCCAUACCAUUGACUUGUGCUACGCAUGAUGCGGCGGUCCCAAGUGGUCAUGCCGUCACUCCGUCCAAAACCUUCUUAGGGCGUGCUUUUUACCCUGCUGCGCGCUAUGCAUAGCCUUGACUUCCCCGCCCAUCCCUUUCGCUACAUGCCACUCCGCCUUGCGCGUGUCUUUUGUUUAGUACAGUUCGCCCUACCCUUCAUAUUUCCUAUAGCAUUCCUGCAGGAACUUUGCUUAUGGCGCCAAUAUAACCGAUCGCAUUUGCGAUUGAUCCAUGCCAUAUACCUUUUCGUUCCGAAUCGUUCAUGUUUGCUUCUACCGGACGUGCGUGACACAAAUAUAGUCGACGCAGGGCUAUCUGUCGCAGAUCCCUCCCUCUUUAUCUACCGAGCAUUGAAACCUUCGACUGGUGGCCAUCUUUACGUCUGUAAUCAUGGAGUCCAUCCGUUCCUCAAUCGAGUCACUCAAUGUGUACAUCGGCCGGUCAACUUUCGGAAGGAUAUUUCGUCUCGGCGGCUGUGGGCAUAAAGAUGAGAUCCUACAUACGAAGUUCACUACCGAAGUGCGGGCAGGACUUACGUCCUUCUUCACAAUGGCAUACAUCAUAGCAGUCAAUGCCACUAUUCUUGCCGACACUGGAGGCAACUGCGUAUGCAACGAUGCAACAGACCCUAUAUGUUUGACGAACACCGAGUACCUCAUCUGCAAGCAGGAUUUGAACCGCAACCUCAUCACCGCAACCGCGGCCGUAGCCGGCUUCAGCUCGUUUCUCUUUGGGUUCUUCACCAACAUGCCCGUUUGUCUCGCACCAGGCAUGGGUCUCAACGCGUACUUCGCCUACCAGAUUGUCGGCUUCCAUGGCACCGGUCUCAUCUCCUAUAAUCUGGCACUCACUGCGGUUUUUGCUGAAGGCUUCAUCUUCAUAUUCCUAUCUUUAAUCGGCAUGCGACAAUGGCUCGUCAAGAUCAUACCAGUGUCACUUAAGAUUGCUGCAGCGUGUGGUAUAGGGCUGUUUCUCGCCGAGGUUGGACUGAGCGCCAAUGCAGGUAUUGGUGCAAUUGCGGGCUCAAAGAGUACUCCACUUGACAUAGCGGGAUGUCCAGAUCAGUACAAGGAUGAGUUUGGCUCAUGUACAAGCCACAAGAUGACCUCUCCUACUAUGUGGCUAGGUAUCAUGGGUGGGGGCAUCUUGACAGCUUACUUGAUGACAUAUAAGGUCAAGAGUGCCAUGAUCCUGGCCAUCCUACUCGUGUCAAUCAUCUCAUGGCCACGAGGUACAUCAGUCACAUUCUUUCCUUACAACGAGGUUGGUGACAACCGCUUCGAAUUCUUCAAGAAGGUGGUCGACUUUCAUCCCAUCAAUCGCACUUUGAACGCUCUGGACUGGGACGUCAACCGGGCACCUGGCCACUUCGCCCUCGCCCUAUUCACUUUCCUCUAUGUCGACAUCAUCGACUGCACGGCUACACUUUAUUCCAUGGCACGUUUCUCCGGCGUGGUGGACGCGGAGACUGGAGAUUUUCCACGAUCAACGAUUGCUUAUUGCACGGACGCUUUUUGCAUCUCCAUGGGUGCACUCCUUGGUUGUUCACCUGUGACGGCUUUCAUCGAGAGCGGUGCUGGGAUUGCAGAAGGUGGCAAAACUGGAUUAACAGCCAUGACCUGUGGUGUUUGUUUUCUCAUAUCCAUGUUCUUCGCUCCUAUCUUUGCUUCGAUACCGCCAUGGGCUACUGGAAGCACAUUGAUCCUGGUUGGCUGCCUCAUGAUGCGACAAAUCUCCUCGAUCAAUUGGCGGUACAUCGGCGAUGCGAUUCCAGCCUUCGUAACCGUGAUGUUCAUUCCCUUCGGAUACAGCGCGGCCUACGGUCUUAUUGCGGGUUUGAUGGUCUACACUGCACUUAAUGGCAUGAUUUACUUGACCAAGAUUAUCUCCGGCGGCUACAUCGUUCCCGAAGACGAAGAUCACCGCGAAUACUGGACUAUCAAACCCGCUGGCAGACUCCCCUGGUUCAUCACCGCAUCCCAAAGCCUCGCAGAUCGCGUGCGGGGGACUCACACGCCCAAUUCCCGUGACGCGAUUUCCAUUCGAAGCACGGAGUCGGAGUGGAAAUACCACGAUCGGAUUGGCUCAAAUGGAUCCGAUCGCGAGCUUGAUUCGGUCGUUAUACAAGCCUUGCCCACAGAUCCUCGCCGGGAGAAGGUUUUCAAGUCGAUGGGGAGAUAAUGGCGCCUGUGAUUGGCAGGGGAGAGUUUCUGUGAAUUAGAGUUUCGCGCUUAUGAAAUGAAUUAUCAC